AGAAACCUUGUCCCCACCUGCCAUGUCAUCCCCGGGUGCGCCUUUCCAACCCCUCUGCGAUUCUUUCAACUGUCAAGUACCCCGGAAUCCCCGACAAGCUUUGACAUAACCAGUCCUCUGUUAAUGAUGAAUGGAUGAAUGAUCAAUGAGCGGUGGGCCAAAAAUAGCACCACCUCAAAGGAGAUCAUUAUGUCAGCACCCGCCGCGCCGGGGGAACAAUGACUCCCCCGCACGUGACCCUGUUCCCCGAAGCACCAGCAGCUCAGCUCACUCGCGUCCUCACAUCUUCAUCGUUUGUCCAGCUUCAUCCCAUCCCCAUCCCCAUCCUCAUUCCUGCCCUCCCAAUUCCCUACCGACCAUCCCGUCAAUCCUUACUCCGUGCGCUUGAUGCGCAUACCUGUCUAGCCUGAAUUGACCACCUACAUCAAUCCAAUCAGCCCGUCACUACCUAGCUACCAAGACCAACCAAACACCAACCA